CGACAUCCGUCGGCCAUAAACCACCGCGGGCACGCGGAAAACAUGGCCACUACCGGAAGGGAUGCAAGAGUGCGCGAGCGAACGAGGUCGAAUUUCGGAUAGUGAAUCGAUCUGUAAUUUUUGAUUCGACGUGCGAUCAAAGAUCCAUUCCCGUCGGGAAGUGAAACGCUCGCGCGAUGUAUCAAGUAAAAUCGAUAAUACCGUCGUUACGAGUUAUUCCAUCGAGUCAGAUGUACGCUAUGCCCAAUAUACACGAGGACGGACAUGGCCACCGAAGCAGCAGCUGUAACGAUGAUGACGCCGCCGCCGCCGCCGCCGCCGCCGAAACCAACAUGACCGUCGUACAACAGCAGGUUAACAAUAUAAUCAAGAAGAAGUCUUGGAACCAACAAGAUUAUAACGCAUUGGAGGCUAGACAGGAAAGAAUACUUGAGCAGUUGGCAGAUCUUAAAAAGCAAGUUUCUCUGCUCUGUACUUUUCUAAAACAAUCACAUGAUGCUGAAACUCCAACAGUCUGCGAGCCAUCUAAGCUUGAGGCUCCAGGAAAACGAGUUGGAAUUCAUCUAGUCUUGAAUGCAAAUCCGUCUCUACCGCCAUAUUCAAUAUUGGCUUUGAUCAAAUUAUGGAAGGAUGUUAGUAUUAAUGUGCAAACCUUCACGCAUUCUUCUAUUGAAACAUCUGAUUUAACAGAGUCGCUCAAUCGAGUUUUCAAUAUUUUUAAUUCACACGAAGACUGUAAAUAUUGUGUAGACAUAACAUUAAUAUGGAAAAAAGUCAAGGUUUUACAAUUUGUUACAUCUCCUUUGAUGCCCCCUAUAUUUGGAGAAGCCAAUUUCUUGAGGUAUCUAAGCAGAUGGGCGAAUAAAGAUUAUCACAAUACAACUCAUCCGGAAGCAAUAGAACGUGCGCUCGAUAUAUAUUUUCCUUGGUCAUUCUUAACUCCCAGUCUUCAACAAGAAAAUAACUUUUCUUCUGACACAUUUACAAAUGUAGUACGCACGGGACUGCGUGAAUUAACGAACGAAUUUCGAUUGUGGUCCAAUAAACAAACACCUACCGUUGCCGAUGUUGGCGUAUGGUCUGCGAUUAAAACGUUAAAACUGGCCGAAAUGAUACCGCAUUCUCUCCAAGAAUGGUAUAAAUCCUGCGAAAUGAAUUUUACAAGUGGACUUGUCGCAAAAUAGUAAAAAUUUUUAUAAUUAUACAGUUUUAAUAUAUUGAUUUUUAUAAAUAAAUAAAAAUUUCUCAUGUAUUUUU